AUGGUGCCUAAUCGUGUCUUGAAAAUUAGGUAUGUGGCAAACCAACCUAGUUGUAAACACCCAAGCGAAGAAUGCCCUGCUCUUAUCACAUGUGAUGACUCCACCACAAGUGAGAGAAAGAGCAAAAGGAGAAGACACCCUCACCGGGGUGUACUCCAUUUUGUUGAAGGCAUCUCUGUCGGGGUGUCCCCCCUUUCGCGAGAAGACGGUAUAGCAACCGAACGAGGAGGAGAAAGAAGAGAAAAAAAAAUUUCACCCAUUUACCCUGCAACGGAAGAAAAGCAAUUAUCCAUACGUUUAUCACCACAGCGUGUAGUAGACUCCCAGGCGAUUUACAAAAAUGAAUUUGUAUGUACAAGAGUCACACUAAAUGGAGGUGCAGAAAAGACCAGGGACCUCGUGCAACAGAUUUAUAAAAAGGGAGAAACGAGGAGAAGAAUUUCUUUUCCCAAGUAUUCCUUUUUUAAAAACAAAGACGGUUUAUUAGGUUUAGAAAACAUUUAUAUGUUGUGUACUAGAAGGAGGUGGAACACUACCCCUCCGUGGAGUUCAUUAUUGGAGGAAUAUCAUUUACAUAAGUACGUUAACCAUGUAGAAGAUCUUAAGGGAUUAUACAACGAAGGAGUAACGGCCAGUCUGUAUGCCAUGAAGCAGAGAGAAGAAAAGAGAUACUUAGAUCGGUUCACUCCCGCAGAUUAUGCGAAUUCAUUUAUUUUUUUAUUUCCCCCACCAAAUUUGUCGGGAGCAUUACACGCAGGGCACUACUUCAACUUCGUUCAGCUCCACGUCCUUUUACUCUUCAGUAGGCACAUCUGGUCCAAGUACUCGGUGGCUCUCUACGGCGCAGACCACGGGGGGCUGAGCGCUCACAGCGCGUUUUCCAAAGUGGCCAACCCAAAGUGGACCAGAGAAAAGUACAUGCGAGAAAUAAAUCAGUGGCAGGAAAAGUUAAAGGAACAAAUCCUCCUGUGCAUGCAAAAAAUGAAUAUCGUAGUGGACAGGACCCGCUUUUACAGCACCAUGGAUUCAAAUAUGAAAAGGAUGGUUAAUGAUACCUUCCACGCAUUGUAUAAGAACAACUUUAUUUUGAAGAAAUUAUACCCUGUGUAUUUUUGCCCCCAAUUGGGAACCAUCGUGUCGAAAUUGGACGUAGAAUUCAGGGAGGCGCUGAGGCCCAAAUGGAGGGUAACACUACGGCUCGUGGAUGGUGGGGAGGCAUUACCCGCAGGCGGCACAUCGCAUCACUGCACUGGCUGCACUCACGGGGAUACCCCGCCAAGGGAGAAAGCAAAAGAGAGAAUAGGAGGGGAAGUGCCCAUAUGUAAGUGUAGAAAUGAUUCGAAGGACACGAAUGAAGUGAAAAUUUUUCCAAAGCCCUCCCACCAUUUUCUUCAUAUAAAAAAUGCACAUGAGAUGAUGCCACCUGAAGUUAGUCCUCCCAAAUUUAUCCAACUUGAAGUAGCAAAUUUGGAAGAGUUAAAACGGGUUGUAGCUAUUUUGUACUUCUCGCCAAAGAAGGAGAAGCACUAUAAGGGCAAGUACGCCUUGUUGCCCCUCCUGAACAAGGGAGUACCUUUCAUUUGUGCGAACGAGCGGAACGUUCUUCCCUUACUCAGACGUGAAAAGAUGCAGGAGGGAACUGCACAUGGAGUGGACCAAGGAGAAUGUGCUGGGGAUAUAUUCAUCCCGGUGUUUUCCAAUAAGGAGGACUAUAACCAUUAUUCUAAUGAGACAAGUUACACAGACCGCUCAGAAGCAUUACAUGGCGUCAAAGGGGGGGAAGAUACUGUACAUAACGAGACGCAAACAUGUAAGGAGCAGCAGGGAGACCUCCCACUCGUGCAAUAUCUGAUGAAGAAUGGCCUGGCCAAAGUGGUAACCCCGCAGGAGACUCAACUCAAGUGUGCCUUUUAUAAAAAUAACGAGUGUGUACUUACUCUGGCGGACCAGUGGUGUUUGCAGUAUGAUAAGCUGAGCAAAAUAUUUUUUUAUGGCCCACAUGGAGAGGAAGAAAAAAAAAAAACAAAAAAAAAAAAAAAAAAGUACCAAAUAAUUCCUUCCAAGUAUGAGGACUAUUUCACAGGGGCACUUCCUCCCCCCAGUGAAUGGACGUUAAGCAGGCAGGUCCCCCACGGCCACCCAGUGCCUCUAUUUAAAUAUGAGCCUCCCGAGGAGGGUGUAGAAAAAAAAACCCUUUUGGAAAACUCCUCUUGCUAUGUGUAUGGCAACGACGUGGAUGAAGCUUACCACGAGGUGUCCAGGUCGGACUUAUUCCAACGUAGCCAAAUGAGACAGGAGUUUUUAAAAAGGGAGGAGGACGUGUUGGAUAAUUGGUUUUCAUCAGCCCUGUACCCCUUACACUGCAUUAAAGAGUUGGGAGUUGAUUUGCCUCACUUCCUGCGUGUCAGGAAAAGUUUGGUGGACCUGCUCAUCACAGGGAAGGACAUUCUCCAACCGUGGGUGGUGCGCAGCUUCGUGGUGCUCAACUAUGUGCUGCGCCAUUGGGGGGGAAGCGAAAACGACCAAGACAGCGCGAACGGCGCGGUCGAUGAAGACGGAGACGAAAACCGCCAGAGGAUCCACCCGAACGCAGAGUGUGCAUGCCCUCCCCUCGCGGGAACAGUAAAGUUCCACGGCAUUUUGAAAGACCAGGCGGGUAGAAAAAUCAGCAAAAGUGAAACGAACGCAAAGUACUACGAUAGCCUCAUACGGGAAGCGAAUGUGGACCAAGUGAGGCUCUCCUUCUGUUUUAUUCAAAGGGACACAGAGGAUGUCCACCUAAGUGAAAAUGUAAAUCGGAAGAGCAGAAAAUUGCUGACAAAGCUAUGGAACAUGGCAAAAUAUAUUAAAAAGAAUUGUCCGUGCCCGUCUGCAGAGUCCUACGAACAAAUGAACAAAUGGUUUUGUUCCACCACUUGUAACCCUAUCCUUACUCGGUUAGAAAAAAUUCCGCAUCCACGAAUUUCUCACAUAGGUACUUUUCGCAGGUACCUUCAGAUGGUGAAUUCAGUUUUGUGUCAGAUGAAAAAUUAUAACGUGGGAAAAGCUGUCAACAUAAUUUUCAACUUUGUAAUAAAUAUUUUUUCUAACUUUUAUUUGACUGUUCAUUCAUUUGGGUACUUCAAAGAUGAAGAGGAUGAAUUGGUUAGCAAUUUUCUACCCACUUAUAUCUUCAGAGGAAUCUUAAAAAUUAUUUUUCCCUUCGUUCCACAGAUAGCAGAAGUACUUUACAUUAGAAUUUUUCAAAGGGAACCAAUUGAUAGGGUUGGGGAAAAAUGCCAACCACCAUUCGAUCACUCCAUACCCUUGUCCAGCAACUACGCUUUGUUGAAAAAUGAAACGCUGCCCCAACUUGAGGAGGAAUCACCCGUUGACAAAGCAUUUGAUGUGUUUACCCAAAUUUACACCCUCUUGGCCAAGUACAAAAAAGGGGAGCACUCCCACUACAAUGAGCCACGCACCUUCUAUGUUUACCUCAAACAGAGUCAUGAAGAUAAAGUGCCAAUUGAAUACUUCAAAAAUGAGGAAGGCUUUUUGGAGAAAUCGCUCGGAGUCCAUGUUCGAUUUUCUCUUCUCCAUGAACCUGGACUAGAGGGGCACUCCCCUGCUCAUGCGCCUAACACAUGGCAAAUAAUGCAUGACACCCCAUCCUUCACCGUUACAUUUGAGGAGGCGGAGGGGAAGAAAGCGACCUAG